AUGGAGCCUUCUCCCCUGACCCAACAAGCGCGUCCAAGCGCCUUUCAGCCUAAGAUAGCCCAGCUAUAUGAGGAAUUGUUUCAGGACGAUGACCUCGAUAGUACCUUUUCAGACGGGUUCUGGAGAGAAUUCUUCUUAUUGCGUCCGGAUAGAUCCAGACUGCAACAGCGAAUUGACCGUCUUCAUCCAAAUGACUUGCUUAAUUCCCAGCAUGAGUCGCAGCAAUUAUUCAUUCAAGCUGUAUCCCAACUUAAGGCAGGCCGAGCACCUGCAGAUGAGAACGCACUAGAUACUUUGAUAGUCUUCUUGAGCCUCAUCCUUGCAAAGCGAUAUACAAACCCGAGUGCCGAUAUUAUCAAUGUCGUGACGGGUCUGCAUCAGGUCGACUCCGUCUUCGUUGAUUUUGCAGAUGCAAUAGAAGCCACAAUCCAUGGUGGGCGGACAUCUGAAUGUCGAGGAUUAGCGGCCAUUCGACGAAAAGCCAUUGAAACGGCGCUGGUGCUUACUGCUGGAGCGUAUCAGACCAGCCUCAUCACAUAUUUCACUCAUCGUGAUCUUCUCCUAGCUUUGAACAAGUUUGUGCUCUUUGAAGAGAGUGUGGAGGCUGCCUCACAAGCUUUCUUACUGUUGGGGCUCCUGGCCAACUAUAACAAGUUCGAAUUUCGAAAUCCAUACCGACUAAGCCUGGAGAAAUUCGAUAAUGAAUCAAUCAUUCAAAAAAAUGUGUUGGCCUUUGGUGCUUCAAUGCGUAGCUCACGAAAUCAUUAUGUUGCCAUUCAGGAUGACAUUGCAGAAGGCUGGACCCUAAGUAACACCUUGGCCUAUGUAGGUCUUGGUAUUCUUACAAAUUCUAAACAGCCACAUCAUGCUCCAGGCGAUGAAACGCAGACGAAUUUUGGAGACUUGCCAGAUCACAAGAUUGCUUUACUGCUGGGAGGAUACGAAUUUGCUUGUGCUAACAGGAGCUUCUGCUAUAGCCUGAUAAGCCAGGAUGCAGAGCCGAAUACGACGGAAAGCCCAUUCAGCGCUUUUCUAUCUAGCAUGUCGUACCUCUUACACCAUGCCUACCGCUCGUCAAGAGCGACUACAUAUGGAAUUUUAUGUCUCUUGAUCAUUCGCGUGAUUAUCGAGGAUAUGGAACUCUGUAAGAUUCUUUGCGAUCCACAGAGUAAUCUCCCUGUUCGCCUUUGUCGACAGCGCCAACCCUACCUCCCAGCAACGAGCAAAUCCAGGCCCUCAGUCGCUUCUAUUCUUGACAUCCUGGUGGAUACAAUCAAUCACAAUCUUCGUCGUAACCUAGACCUUCAAUUAUACAUCUCUACACUCGAUGUCCUACAUCGCCUUAUUUCAUACCUCGCCUUCAGCAAGACUCACCUAGCCUAUCACUGGGCACUUUUGUGGCAGACUCUCAUAUCCUUCCUUCGAUUCAUAAACACCUAUGCCUCAAGUCUUGCCAUCUUGGACGCUGAUCUCCCUCGUUUACUUAAACCCCUUGUUGACACAUUAGCUCUUGCGGUCACAUCAGGAGAGUCAUUUCUGCCGGACCCUGCAGCCUAUGACGACCUAUUCUAUAAGUUAAUCGAGGCCGGUGACAUAUUACAACGCUUCAGGUCCGUCUUUACAGGUCACAUGAGUCAUACAAGCGAGUAUUCGUCGUCUAACGCUUCGGAAGCGGGGGCUAUUGACAUCCUGAUCCACGUCUCAGCAUACUACCGGGAUAUGGUACAGCUAGCGGGACAACAAGGAGCUUUGGGCAACAAUCCAAGUCCUCGUCAAAUCAGCAAGAUCAUCAAGCAAGGGUAUGAGAGUCUACGUUUGCCCACAAUGGAGGGGCUGGACAAGUGGGAUUAUUUCAGGGAAGGAGACUACCGGGGCUUGUUGAAGCGCGCAGCGAGGAUUGCUGCCGACGACACGAGACAAUUAUCUACGACUUGA